AUGAGUGGUCGUCUUCUAGAUCUGUUCAAGCCUUUCGAGGCGUUCCUCCCUGAGGUUAUCUCGCCCGAGAGGAAGGUCCCAUAUAACCAGAAAUUGAUAUGGACCGGAGUUUCGUUACUAAUUUUCCUAGUGCUCGGUCAGAUACCGCUGUAUGGCAUUGUGUCAAGUGAGACUUCUGACCCUCUAUACUGGCUGCGUGCAAUGCUGGCGUCUAACCGUGGUACGCUGAUGGAAUUGGGUGUCACCCCUAUCAUCACUUCCUCCAUGAUCUUCCAGUUCUUGCAAGGUACUCAAUUGCUUCAAGUGAACAUGGAAAACAAGCAGGACCGCGAGCUGUUCCAGAUAGCGCAAAAAGUUUGCGCUAUUUUGCUCACUUUCGGCCAGGCCGUCGUUGUUGUGUUGAGCGGAAACUACGGCAAACCGUCAGAUAUUGGUAUUGCAAUUUCUCUCCUGUUGAUCUUCCAGCUGAUGUUUGCAUCGUUCAUUGUUCUCUUGUUGGACGAAUUGCUGGCUAAGGGAUAUGGUCUAGGCUCUGGUAUUUCCUUGUUCACUGCCACCAACAUUGCCGAGCAGAUCUUCUGGAAGGCCUUUGCCCCCACUACCGUUAACUCCGGUCGUGGCAACGAGUUUGAGGGUGCUGUCAUCGCUUUGUUCCAUCUGCUGGCUGUUAGAAAGGACAAGAAAAGAGCUCUUGUUGAGGCUUUCUACAGACAAAACCUACCAAACAUGUUCCAGGUUUUGUCAACAGUUGGUGUCUUUUUGUUUGUCUUGUAUUUGCAGGGCUUCCGUUACGAGCUACCUAUCAGAUCCACUAGAACCAGAGGCCAGGUGGGUGUUUACCCAAUUAAGCUCUUUUACACUUCCAACACGCCAAUUAUGUUGCAAAGUGCUUUGACCUCUAAUGUGUUUUUGAUUUCUCAGAUCAUGUACCAAAGAUUCCCAUCCAACCCAGUCGUGCGCUUGGUCGGUGUCUGGGGUGCUAGACCUGGCUCACCAAUGGGCCAGCAGGUUGCUCUAAGUGGUUUGUCUUAUUACAUUCAACCUCCAUUUUCCGUGGCAGACGCCAUUUUGGACCCUAUUAAGACUGUCAUUUACGUUGCUUUCGUCUUGGGCGCUUGCGCCAUGUUCUCCAAGACUUGGACUGAAAUCUCGGGUACCUCUCCACGCGAUGUCGCCAAGCAGUUCAAAGACCAAGGUUUGGUCAUUAACGGCAAGAGAGAAUCCAACGUUUACAGAGAGCUGAAGAAGAUCAUCCCAACAGCUGCGGCUUUUGGCGGCGCUACCAUUGGCGCCUUGUCUGUCGGCUCCGACCUACUGGGCACGUUGGGCUCCGGUACGUCGAUUCUGAUGGCCACCACCACUAUCUACGGUUACUACGAGACCGCUGCCAAAGAGGGCGGCUUCUCCAAGAACUUGGUUGCUGGUUUCUCCGAGAUGAUGUGA